GGGAAGCGGGAGAGGGAACGUGUGCGCCCGAGGGAAGAACGGCGGAAGACAAGGGAGAGGAGGAGGGGAGCCAGGGUUUAAAAGGAGGCCAGUGGAGGAUUAAGGGGAGGAGAUCCCGGGCAGGGUGGGGGGCGCUGAGACGCCCUAGCUGGGGAGCAGCCACCCCACGCACGCAGCAGGGCGGAGAGGAUGGACCCUUGAGCCCCCCGCAGCCGCUGCCCUUGCGCUGCGUCCCACAGCCGGAGGCGCCUCUAGGGGGCACAGCAUGGAGCCUGGGCUCCGGGGGCUGGAGCAGCUGCAGCCGCGGGACCCGGGCGCCCCCCGCAGCGGGGCAGCGCGGAGGCCCGAGGGGGUGACUGCCGGCAGGGGGUCGGGGUGGCUGCGCGGAGAGGUCAGUGCCUGGGCCGGGCGCUCCGGAUCCCGUGGGCCCCUGGCGCAGCCGCGCGUCUGGCUGUGGAGUGAGUGACCCGGGGCCACCUCCCGUGCCGGGCGCUGCCUGCCCCUUUCCGCCGGCCACAAGGCGGGGUGGAGAGACGUGACCCUUCCCCUCCCACUCCAGCGUGGGCUGAGCAUCCCCGCCCCGAGUGCCACCGGCCGGGCGGGGCCCUGCACUUCACUGGCAGGACUCGGCCCACCCUGGCGCCCCGAAAGUGGCCGAGCUGGGCCGGGCGGGUGAGUGCCGGGGCCGCGAGGAAACCCUCUGCUUGCGCGGCUGCGGUUGCUGCCUCUGGUUCCCGCGCCUUCGUCCGGCCUCCCCGAGAACGCAGAAACUUCCCCGCGGAGCCCGCCGCUCCCGGGGACAGCCGGCUCGCCCCCCGGCCUCAGGUUUCCCGCAGCUGGCGAUUCGCCGCGCUUCUCCGCUCAUCCGCCCGGGAGAGAGACGCCCGGCUUUGGAAACGCUUCGCAUGGGGAGAGCAGCGGACUCGGCGCGCUGGGGGUGGCUCCGCAGCAGCUGGUAGGUGACUGAUUCAGCUGGGGAUUAGCACGUUAAGAAACCCAACAGUUAGUCUUGUAAAGUGGGGCGGAUUCCAGUCAAACCUCCUUCGCCCCCCAGGGGAGAAACUUCCUGGACAAACUCCACUGGGUCAGCAGUGAAAUUCCUAGAAGUGUGCUGUGGGUGGGUGGGGAAGGGGAAACACACAUGUAAACAGUUGGUUGUCAUAGACUACGUGCAACCUACGGCGGGAAGGCUCCCCCAGGGCAAAUCCCAGAGUGUUUACAUGCAGCUGGAUCCUGGAGGCAGAUUUUGGCUGAGAAGAGAGACAGAGGAUCUAGGGAGGCUGAUCUAGUCCAUGGCUAGGAGGCUGUUGGAGAUUUCGAAUCCGAGAACUGCUGUAGAAAGAGACUCCGGCCGGCCCUUUGCACAGAAACCACAGGAUCAAUCUUCGUGCAACUUCCCCUUGUGUUAAGGGGGCCAGGAAGGGACAGAGAGGGAAUCGGGCUGCAGAGGCUAAAAUCCCAGUCUCAGGUGAAGAAAGACCUGACCAGGAGGAUGUCAUGACAGCCAGCAGCGCCGAAGCCAGCAGAGCCAUGAGAAAUCAGGAUCUUCUGGAGAAGAAGCCCCUGGGACCCGCCCCUCCUCCCCGGAGGCACAGACGCAGGCUCAGGCGCAAGCCACCGACCGAGGUGGCUGUGAAGGGGCAGCUCCGGAUGCGCUCGCCAUCAGGGGCCUUCGUGAUGGUGGGCGUCUCCGUCGUCUUGGUCGGCAUGACAAUCGCCGUUGUGGGCUACUGGCCUCACAGGGGCCCACACGCAGCCGGGCCUGGGGCCAGGCUGGGUAACUCCAGCGGCACGGGGGACAUGAAGAAGGAAGUGAAGGUCUCUGCCCAAGCCCGCUACCUCCCUCACAGCGAGAAGCUGAAGCUGAUUGGCCCUGUCAUCAUGGGCGUCGGCCUCUUCAUUGUCAUCUGUGCCAACACCAUGCUGUACGAGAACAGGGACAUGGAGACCCGCCUGUUGAUGCAGAAAGGCCUCUACUCCAUGACUCCAGGCCUCGCCCAGGACUUCAGCCAGGAGGACAAAUACUGCCAGAGGAGGACUAGCUUGCCCCUCCUCAAGGCCAAUGCCGAGUGUGUCGAGGGCUGUUACGAGGUGGAUCUCUCCUCCAGCGGCUUCCAAUCCUGUUCCAGUCCCGGGAACAAAUGGGCCGACUGCUACGGGCAUAACAGGCUCCAGACGACGGCCCAGCUGCUCCAUCACAAGGGGAUUUCCCACUCCAUGUCCCUCCUCAGCGUCCGUUCAGACUCUGGCAACUCCAUGGAGGGGAACCUCAAUCUGUCCUUCGCCCGCGGGGCUGAGUCGGUAAUUUCUUUGGCUGCCACUGCCCGGUCACUUCCCGUCAUCAAGGUGAACAACUGUCUCAUUGAGAAGCCGUCUGCAACUCGGGGGGCAGGCGAUGAGGGGGAGAUCAGCCUGGCUGGGGGGCCAGAUGAUGCACCACGGCUCUCAUGGACUCUCCCACCCAGGGGCAGCAGCAUCUCUCCCAGAGGAGAUGACCUCCAGGGUGGCCAUGUCGUUAUUAACAUAGACAGCGAGCCUCCAUCUGUCACUGUGGGCGAGACAUACCUGAACCCAGAUGGCACCAAGAACGAAUUCAGCUCAGAUGUGCAGCUCCACAACCCGGGUCACUCCAAGUCGCUGGACCUUGGCAGGCCGGGCGUGCUGCUGGUGGCACCCAUCAAAGACCGGAAGAACAGGAGCUGGCCUAGACUUGACCAAAUCAGUCUGGUAGGCUACGCCAAACUGGAAAGCACGGGUGAGUCCUCUGACAGACUAUUGGAGCAGACAGAUCAGCAGGGCCCGGACGAGCCCAGCCCCAGCACCCAGGAGGUGUGAACAGAGAUGGGUUCAAGGGUCUGACUUGGCAGGGGAUGGGUGACACGGCCAGAACACCCUCCUCUCUUUUCAUUGCCUCACCUGGGGGACUGCUGAGCAUGUUCUUCUUUUAAGCAGACAUUCCAAUGACGUAUGGAGGUCAGUGCGGCCUGCUACUCCUUAGGGGAAACUCUUCAAGGGAUAGAUGUCUCCUCCCCAGAGGCACCUGGUGCUGAGGUGUCACUCUUUCUCAGGGGGCAGCCUCAGCCUUGCCUUACGCCCCCCUCUCCCCAAGCUACAUGAGGAACCCGGGCUUAGACAAGCUCUCCCCGAAAGGGGAGGCGGGCUGGGGAUCCCUGCUACUAAGCCGUAGGGGCCCCUUUCCUCAUCAUUAGCCAGAAGGGCUGCGGCAGCGGGUGCGUGAGGGGCCCCCCGCCGCCCCACACCGCUAGGCAAUUCACUGGCCAAUGGAACAUUAAGGCUACCAGGGUUAUUAAAUGUUCUCUCACCACCACCACCGA